AUGGCGCCCAAGGAAGCUCAAGAACCCAUCCCUGUCGUGGAAGACAAUGUUGAGAAGCAGGACGAUAAGGAAUACAAGGACACCGCCGGUGCCGCCAAGAACGGUGCCGCACCCCCACCUGCUGCGGCAGCCCCGGUUGCCGGUGGGGAGGAUGACGAUGAAGAGGACGACGAGGACUACAACUCGGAGGACGAUGACGAGUACGACGUAGCCGAUUCGGAGGACGACGAGGUGGCUGGUUCGGACGAGGACGACGAAGAUGAGGAUGAAGACGAUGAUGAGGAUGGCCCGUCGGCCGCUGCGGGGACGAGGGACAAGCCGAUGACUGAUGCGGAGAGGCUGAAGCAGUUCUACUUCACUGAGCAGGCUGAUGACGACGAAGAGGACGUCGAGGACGCGGGUGCAGAGGGAGAUGGCUCGGGCGCUUUCAAGCCCGAAGGCGAGACCGGGAAACGCAAGGCCUCGGGCGAGGAGGAUGGAGGAGCGGUCAAGAAGACCAAGGCGACUUAG